UGUAAAGGGUAUGGGUGUAAGACCGCUGCUUGUUUUUAAACUGUUCUGUUCGUGUAGUGAUAAACUUAAGCUCUUUCCUUUUUUAGUUUCUGAGGAAAUUGUGUUUGAUUCGUAACAAAGCUGCACUGUAAUAGUCUGUUUGUUAUGUAAUCUUAAUUUUGGAUGUGCCUCUGUUUUUGGCAGUAAACUGUUUACAAUAUUAUAGUUAUCGAGGUUGUUGAAUUCUUCUUUAAACUUUCUGCCUCUGGAAAAAACAGGAAAAUUGGUAGAAAAGUGAAAGACAUAGAAAAUACCAUACAAGUGUGUGCCCGGACACUGUUAUUACUUAUGAUGCCAAGAAAAUGGUUGAUGGACCUUAAAAUUUAUAGAGAUUGGUAAGGUGCUUGUAAUCAGUAUUAGAAAUAUGCAGCCAGAUUGAUGGAUUUCUAUGACAACAUGGCCUUUUAAAUCUAGGUCAUUGUAAAGUUCUUGUUUUUUCAUUAGCCUAUACAAUCUGUAUGGCUUUUUGGGCCUUCAGAAAUAAUUUGAAUGCUCAUGAGCCAUGAAGCUGUGUGCAGGUAUGUACACUGGAUUACAUAUUUCGUGUCGUUUGUGAUACUAAUUCUGUUUCACAUAUGUUUUUGUUGUUUUCUCUUGGUGUGGGGUACAUAUUAACGUAAAUAGAUAGCAGGUAAUUUAGGUCGUCAUAUGGUAAAUUACUGUUUUACUUUCUGCUGUUGCCUGCAUUUUAUUCCUUCUUCAUGUUACCAGUUCUUGUUUUGUGAAUUAGUUAUCUUAUUAACAUUCUCUGCAGAGGAACAGUGGUUAUCAAAAUAUAAUUGUAUACGAAAUAUAUGAUGGGAGACUCCGAGAGAAGAAUUUUGAGCACGAACAUGAAUGAGAAUCUGGGAGAUAGUAAUUCCUCUUCAAUUCUGAAAGUUUACGGAUCAUAUGGCAUAGUUGGUGCGGUUAUUGUUGCCAUAGCUAUACCCAUACUUCUUUCCAUACUAAUGGGAAAAAGAAAAUCAAAACAGAGAGGAGUUCCAGUUCAAGUUGGCGGUGAGGUUGGUUUGGCAAUGCGCAAUGCUAGAUCGGUCAAAUUAGUUGAGGUUCCUUGGGAAGGGGCCACUACUAUGGCUGCUUUAUUUGAGCAGUCAUGUAAGAAACAUUCCCAGGAAAGGUGUAUUGGGAUGAGAAAAGUAACUAGUAAGGAGUUUGUUACAGCUAACGAUGGGAGGAAAUUUGAAAAGCUUCACUUGGGUGAGUACCAGUGGGAAACUUAUGGACAAGUAUUUGAUCGUGCAUGCAACUUUGCUUCUGGUAUUGUUAAACUAGGUCAUGAUGUGGAUACCCGUGCUGCCAUUUUUGCCGAUACUCGGCCAGAAUGGUUGAUUGCAUUCCAGGGCUGCUUCCGUCAAAAUAUCACUGUUGUCACCAUUUAUGCUUCUUUAGGAGAUGACGCUGUAAUACACUCGCUAAAUGAGACUCAAGUGCCAACCUUGGUUUGUGAAUCUAAGCAAUUGAAGAAGUUGGCUGCCAUAAGUUCAAGCCUGAAAACUAUUAGAAAUGUCAUAUACUUUGAUGAUGAAGAAACUUCGAGUAGUUCCAGUGUUAACCAAGAUAUGGAUAAUUGGAGAAUUUCCUCUUUUUCAGAAGUGGAAAAACUUGGUAGAGAUAGUUCUGUUCAACCUAGACUUCCAAUCAAGACAGAUAUUGCUGUCAUCAUGUAUACAAGUGGCAGUACAGGCCUCCCAAAGGGUGUUAUGAUAACUCAUGGCAACAUUGUGGCCACUGCAGCUGCAGUUAUGACAGUGAUCCCUCGAAUGGGAAGCAAGGAUGUUUAUUUGGCAUAUUUGCCUCUAGCUCAUGUAUUUGAAUUAGCUGCUGAGACCGUGAUGCUAACUGCUGGUGCUGCAAUUGGCUAUGGGUCAACAUUGACAUUAACAGACACAUCCAAUAAAAUAAAAAAAGGAACUAAGGGAGACGCUUCCGCAUUAAAGCCUACUCUAAUGGCAGCUGUUCCAGCUAUUCUAGACCGUGUUCGAGAUGGAGUUUUGAAGAAGGUUGAUGAGAAAGGAGGUUUUUCUAAGAAGCUUUUCAACAUCGCCUAUUCUCGGCGACUGGCAGCUAUUGGAGGGAGCUGGUUUGGGGCAUGGGGAUUAGAGACAUUCUUGUGGGAUAUAAUUAUUUUUAAGAAGAUACGGUCUAUUCUUGGAGGAGAAAUUCGAUUCAUGCUUUGUGGCGGAGCUCCUUUAUCUGGAGAUACACAAAGAUUCAUCAACAUCUGUAUGGGGGCCCCUAUUGGUCAAGGAUAUGGUCUGACAGAAACAUGUGCUGGUGCUACUUUCUCUGAGUCGGAUGACACAUCUGUUGGGCGUGUUGGUCCUCCUCUUCCUUGUUGCUAUAUCAAGGUAUGAUACUUCCUUGGGCCAAGAAAUUAUUAGGUUUGCCUGACUAUCUACUUGGAAGCUUUGAAAUGGAUUUUUUUUUGCACCUUGCUAUAUGUCAUUGAACAGCAAUCUCAUAGAGAGAGUAAUUCAUAUAUGCUCUCCAUUUAAGAGGGAAGACCCUUAUAAGUAUACAUUUGAAAUCUAUAGAAAUUGAAAAGUCAUAUGUAGAACAUAAAAUCCUUCAAAAUAAAAAAUCAAUCUGUUGUAACAGAACUAAAUACUAUGUACAAAUUCUAAUAAUUAAAUAACUUUGAUUAUUUUACAUUCUCCCUCGAGCCGGUUCAAAGAUGCAUACUAUUUCCAGCUUGCCUGUCGAAUUUGAAGAGGACAGUAUAGACAAAUCCUUCGUGAGAAUUGCUAUCAAUUGCUUUUCAAUAGAAAGAAAUUGCAUAGAUAUUAGACCUUUAUUUAAGUUCUCCUCGUUAUAGCGAUGGCCUACGUUAACAUGUUUUGUUCACUCAUGCUGUUUUGGAUUGCAACCUAUAUUAGUGGAAUGUAUGUUUUGUCAGAAUACAACUUCAUGCGAGCAGGCAAUGGUUUUAGUUCCUCAAGUAGCAAUUUAAUCGCAACUGCUCACACACACCAUGAGCAACUGUUCUAAACUCGGCCUCUGCACACGUGGUUGCUUUUUAACCCUCUAAGUCACGAAAUUAACUCCUAGAAAUGUACAAUAUCCUGAGGCUGAUCUUUCAUCAUUUAUAGAUCCAGCAAAUAUUGUAUCAGUAAAUGCUUUAAUAUGCAUGUAUGUGCUCCAUUUUCCAAAAAUAAUUCCUUUUCUGGCAGUCCUUUUAGGUACAUAGCCCCGUUUGGCCCUAG